CAGCUGGGGGAGUGGGCUUCUUUGCUCAACCCUGCCAGCUCGAUACCGGGCGACUAGAAGAAAGAGCGUGGUGACGAUAACAUCAUCGCUCAAGUCGAUCUGUCCGUUAUUUCAGAAGACAAUACAGGAGGAGGUGCGAGAACUGGCAGGGGUGGAUAACUGCUGUCUGUGGCAUGGCGUGACGUCUUCUGUGAAAAUUCCAGCACCGAACUGUGACCUUAAUGAAAUUCCAUCCAGCUGUAUAAUUUAGCCAGCAUCGACCAAUAGCCGGGCACGCCCGACCUGUGGAGGAAGACCGCGAGGCCAUUGAGAGACUGGGCGGAGGACGGAGAGAGGGAGAGAACAAGCACGAGAGGUUGGCGAGUUGUCAGCCCCUGGCCGACUGUGAGGGCUGUCGGAUGCUGGCAGCGGACUCACGAGCACACCACAGACCGCUACAACAGGUUGGCGGAUUCAAAAGUUUGCAGGCAGCGGCAGGCUGGGCGAGUCGAUGCGUGUCUCCAGGCAAGAAAAAUGGUGAAGAAGCAGGGUGCCUCGUCUGCCACGCUCGUCCCUUUUGGCGUCGUCGUCGACGUGUGCGUUGGAUUUCGCUGCGUGUGACGACGCUAGCGAGGCCGACGCCGAGGAGCACCGAAGGAGGCGAGCCUUCAGGCGGGAAGUUGUGUGUGCGUGGAUGCGCGCGCGUGUGUGUGCGUGUGCACGUGUGGAUAUGUGUGUGUUGUUGUGAGCCGACGACUUCACCGCUAUCGCCGUUUCCACCGCCACCCCUACCACCACCACCACUGACAAUACUACAACACCACUACCACGCCAGCGACGGCAGCCGCCUUGUAUCGCCAUCAUGGCAGCGCCAACGGUCCCGACUGUGGCUGCGCGGGGUUUGGCCUCCUCUACCCCAGUUCUCUUCAGCGCGGCCGGGUGGGUCCGCGCGUAAAAAGCUGUGUCCUACAAUCAUGUACCUCCGGACAACUGUUGCGACAACCAUCAUGAUGAAGACGACCACGACGCUGACGAUGAAGACCCGCGGCGGCUGGCAACGGUGUGACGUGUGGAAGUACCAGUAGUGGCAGCGCAGCAGCAGCAGCAGCAGGAGGAGUUCAGUGCAUUGGUCAUGGGGCGAAAGAUUCAGUGUAUUGGGCGUUACGCCAUGGAGGGGCACACCCUGGGCAAGGGCAACUUUGCCCGGGUGGAGCUGGCCCAUCAUACAGUCACAGGGUGCAAGGUGGCCAUCAAGAUCAUCGACCGCAGCAAGCUGAAGGAUGAUUACCAGAAGGAUCACAUUCACCGUGAAGCACGCAUCCUGGGCCAGCUGCGCCACCCCAACAUCAUCCGUCUGUAUGAGACACUCAAGGCCACCACACUGCACUGUCUGGUGCUGGAGUACGCGUCCGGCGGCGACUUACAGACUUACAUCCGCAUGCACAGGGAGGGUCGGCUCGGGGAGGACAAGGCCCGGCCCUUCGUCAGGCAGCUGGUCUCUGCACUCCAUUACCUGCACGAACGGGGCGUGGCGCACAGAGAUCUCAAGAUGGAGAACAUCAUGCUUGAUGAAAAGCGGAAGCACGUGAAGGUGGUCGACUUCGGGCUGAGUGUAACGUUUUCCAAGGACGAGCUGAUGAAGACCCACUGUGGGUCACCAGAGUAUGCGGCCCCGGAGCUCUUCGCCAAUAGAGAGAAGUAUGGCCCGGAGAUCGACGUGUGGAGCCUGGGGAUCGUGAUGUACGCCAUGCUUGUGGGUCACCUUCCAUUCACCACGCCUUACACCGACCACUACCGCCGCCAGAAGCUUGUCCAGCAGAUGGAAAAGGGGCUCACAGAGGUGCACUCUCGAGAAAUGACACACUUAUCUGUAGACCUCCAGGAGUUGAUGCGAAAGGUCAUUGAACCGCGGCCGGAGUCACGCAUCACUCUGAUUGGGAUGGAGGCGCAUUCCUGGGUGACAAGCAGCGGCAAACUUCCCUUCUUCCCCUUUCAAGCCUUUCCCCGCGACAAGACGCUGCGCAGCCAGGACUCAGAAUUAAGUACAGAUGAAGAGGAGACGGUGCACGAACUGUCCUCAAAGCUGGAGGUGAAGAAGGAGAUCGUGGAGCAGAAGGUUGGUGAAAGCAAGUCGGACGAGAUCUCUGCCAUGUACAACAUGAUGCUUGAUGUCAAGCGGCGGCAGCAAGGCCUGUAUGACAUGGACCACACGGCGAAGGCCAUGGAGCGGCGACCUGACGGACGUGCAAAGCGCAGGGCGAAGUCUGCUCAGACCCGGGGUACGGUGGACAAGAAAGAGAAGUCCAAGACGACCAAGGGAGUUGUGCCUCCAGCUCUCGUCCUGCCUCCCCCGGAGGUGUCCAUAGACGCAGCACCUCGCACAGGUGGAGAGGGUGGUUCGUCGGGGGAGCCAGAGACCCGCCUCACCUCCUUCGACUUCCUGGCUCUGUGCAGCACCCCAACCUGGCUCGGGCCUGAGAGAAGGAGAUCCAGACGCCGCUCGCGCUCCCCCAACCCCAUACCUCAGCAUAAUCAGACAGGGAUGUCGGUGCGAAGUAAAUUAAUGAGGGACUACAUGGAGCGGCACGGUAUCGAGGCAUCCCAUGCUGUGGCUGGCACGGCGGACCAGCACCAGGGAUCCAUACACGGACCCCAUCAUCCCAUCCACCACAACAGCCUGCACCACCCCCAUCACAAUCAUCACCACCACCAUCACAACCUCCACAGCAUCCACAGCAACCACGCCCCGACGUCAGCGGGGAUGAACUCCAACUUCCUGUCUCCGGAGAACAACGCUUCCAACCUGUCGGUGCCCGACGCUGAUGGCUACAACCCUCGCCUGCAGCGCGGCUCCUCCCUCAAGCUGUCGCGCCGUCGCGCGCGCUCGUGCGGACCCAACCACAAGCCCAAGUCUGGCUAUCAAAGAACCGGGUCCGUGGACACUCCCAACGGCUCGGACGCUCCGGAUGCUGGUGGCCCCAAGCUGCUGUGCGCCAAGUCCGACAUGUUGGCUCCUUCCUCGUCACCAACAGCCAUUGCUGCUGCCGCAGCGUCCUUGGCGGCAGCUUUUGGUGGUCACGCGGGGUCAAACAUGCUGAUGCUGCCGGUGCCUGGGCUGGCCUUCUGCAAGCCGCCGAUUCCUGUUACCAGACCCGCCAACCUGACCCUCAAGGAAUGCUACACUGAUCACGGGGAGACAUCCAGAAUCUCUUCCGCUCCUGACCCGUUUGGGCCUCCACCGCUGGAGGGUGCACCCCCUCCGUUCGAGUCUGCGGUUGCGGAAGGGAAGCAAGGUCCGGUGACCAGUGUAGAGGUGCACAUGGCGGCUUCACCUCUCCCUCCGCCUCCACCCAAUGUCCGAAACACUCGUGUCAACGGCAUUGCCCACCCGGCUUCAUCAGCCGCUGGAUCCUCCGGUCUCUUGCAGGUACCUACCAUUCAGCUACCCGGCGGCGCUCGGCUGGAGGUACCCACGACUCACCUCGCGAUAGACUCUUGGAGCACCGAGUCACUGUUUGGUGAUAGUGACGUCACACCAUCAGCAGAAGAGCACGUGGCCGUUACGGGGAAGGCAGCUGCCGCCAGUACUUUAAGGCCAUCUGACCUGCUGGACUGCAGUCAGCGGCCCGUGUUUCACCAACAAGUGCCCCCUCACCCCCUCUCCUUGCCCAUGCCCCUACUGGGGCCAAGGGAUGCAACUCUUGCCAACAAGCUAGUCAGCGCCAGAAGAGAAGAGGGGCCAUUACCUAUGCAAUUAAACCACUCGGCCCUAGAUCACCUAUUCGCCGGACACCACCCAUCUCUGAACAACCCACUGUCCGAUUCUGAAAGAGCGACGGAAAGAGAGAUGAAAGAAGGCCGGAGGGUUGACGAGAAGGAGUGUGUGGGUCUAGAGGAAAGUCUGGCCGCCAUGUCCGUGCAGGGCCUAGAGGGCGCUGCCGCCAUUUCAGGACAUUUCCACGAAGUCGAUGUGGAUUACCAUGAAGCUGAAGUCAUCGUCGACGAGGAUGACGAUGACGGUGCCGUCACAGGGGACUCCGAUGUCGACCACGUGACUGACUACUAUCCAAUCGGCCCCUCACGGCGUGGCGCUGCAGCAGUUCACGAGAGCCCCGCCAGACGGAACGACCUCCCCAGCCCCGACGAGAUGGAGGAGGACGCGCUGCUUGCAGCGACAACCCCCACCCCAGCACUCGCGCAGGUUUCGCAGCGCGAGGACGCAGGGUCAGCUGGGUCAGGGUCAGGCUCGCGGGGAAGCGGGAGGUCGCAGAGACGAACGUCCGGGUACGGGGGGACGUCGGGAGGAAAGACGAAAACCCCGACUACUCCACUGCCCUGGAUGGUGCUUCGAUCUCCACUGGCCCGCAUCGAAAGUUUUCACAGUGAUGAUUUCGAGUAUUACAACUCGGAAGAUUCGGUAAGGGGAGAGCAAUCGUCAGCAUCCCCUCUGUCAGCAACCACCCCCACUGUGCCGUGCUUCGCCUACAAGCUGCACCUGCUGCGCAGCAAGCCUCACAAGGUGAAAAAGCGGGAAACGGAAAACGUGGCGGCGAAGACAGCCAAACGCUCGUUGAUCAUGGACGGAGGGAAAAACGAGACUUUUCGGAGGUUCGAUCCUACAGUCACCGAUCCGCUUUUGAGUUCUGGAAGCGAUGUGGAGCAGACCGACGAGGCGGGCGAUAAGACAGCGAUGAUCAGCAAAGGGAAGGUUCAUCCCUUGAGCGCCGAUGACAAAGACUAUGACAAUGUCAUCAUCAAAGCGGAUACCAAAGCCAUCAUGUACAACAAUGUCAUCACUAAGCAGCCCAAACAGUUGCAGAAUUCCGUACCAAAGGCCGGGCGACCCCUUCUCAGUUUAAACGUAGACUCAAAGAAAAAGUCCAGUUCCAAAAGUUCUCCAUGGAAACGCAGCUUUGCACAAUUUUUGAAGAGAAAGCGGCAAAGUCCACGGUGCAACAACGGCAACAACAACAACAAUGACUGCGCCACGUCGCCGAUGUUGCCGGCCAACCACAACGGCUGCUCCCCCACCAGUCCGGUCAGCAAGGAGGUCAACAACGUGCAAGCCACUCUGACGUCCAUAGGCGUCAUCACAUCCGGGGACCUGCCAGGGGAGCGAACCGCGGACGUCAACUGCAAAGGGAGAGGACGCUUGCCCACGGAAAACAAUGUUGCAGACUAUCCGGCACCGGGGUCCUCGCCUGUCCCUCCUGGGUCCCCCGAUAUGGGGGUCGGGGGUCGUGUCUUUGACUUCACGCUUCUCACUGCUUCCCCCAAGGGAAAGUCCUGCCUGUUGUCAUGGGGAACCUGUGGCGACUGUGGGGUCAACGACCUCUCUUCCGAGGAAGACAGCGAAUGCAAUCAAGGCCGUGACCCCAAGAUGACCAUUGACUUGAUGCCACUUGACCUCAAAAGUGAUGCAGAGAGCAGACGCAACUGCAUUAUGUCACAUCAGUGCACGUGACGUGCUACUCCUGUCCUUGACCUCAGCCUGCACCCCUCGUCUGCCGGGUGCACCCAGAACUGCGUCUGAGAACAAACGUCCUGUACACGCACAGGGCAGGUGGCCUUGAACUUCGGAGUUGAAGGAGGAUGGUAGCAGGCGCCAGGUAUGUCUGGCAGGUGUUACUUUGAAGUGAAGCCUUGCCCCAGCCCCGCGAGUCUCGCUGUCUAACGUGUCCCUGUGCUUUUGUUUCCCUUUGAGUCCCUUAAAGGAGUUGUCCCUGCACAAUCUCAAACAGCCUUCAGGAUGGACAACAGAGAGCACGACAGAUUCGUGCAGGUGUGACGGUUGUCAUGCCUCACCUGCUGACAUUGUGAGCCGCUGAAAGUGCCUGGAAAGUUCUAUGUACACCAAAUGAUCAAACAAAUUGCCGGAUAGAAAACAAACAUAUUCGGGAAGAAAAUCAAACUGUAAAAAGUAAUGUUAAGGAAUUGAUAUACCUAGGACAUAAAUGUCUCACCUCACAACAGAGGAAUGGUUUUAUUUAUAUUGAGCUUUGUGUGAAUUUUUGUAGUAUCAACAUGUUUUUAAUGUCUGGUAUAAUCUACAAUUUUAAAGUGUCUACAGGCAGUGAGGAUGAUAGGUCAUCUGACAUGGAGGAGAAAAAUUGUUAGUUUUGACGAUGAUCUUUACCUUGGAUUUUCUGGCAUCGAUGAAGUUCUGUGAAUACUUCGAAAGACAGACAUUUUCUGUAAAUUAUUUCUUUUCCAGAAACAAAUGGAAGCAGCCACAAAAUUGAUACUAAGCAUGUAAAUAGGUGCCGACACAGGAUCGAUGUUUUGACAGAGAACAAGACUGAGUUUUGUUUACACAAACUUGCUUCAUCAUCAAUAAAAGUGUUUUCCUCUCUCUCUCACACACACACACUCGCAUACACAUACAUCUUGAUUGUUUACAUAUUUGUAACAAACAUUUGUUUAAAAGCUGCUUCGUUGCUGGUCCACUGAAGGAGUUUUGAGAGCCCCGUGAGCUUUUCGGAGAUUCGGAUGCAAGAUGCAAGAUGCAAGACCGAAACAACCAAAGAUCUUCCUACAUUUAUUUGGCUUCUGUCAGAGGCACCUGUCUCCAUAUUCAUUCUUGCCUUCAGACGACUGCAACGGACCGUAUCCUGGACGCAGGCAGCCACCCUCCCGUCCCCCGAAGACCAGCUCGAGUGCAUCGAACCGUGCGACACUAGCAGCGGGAGGGGGACUGAAGGGUCCGCGCUGGCUCAAAGAAUGCAAAUAAAAGCACGUGCGGUCAGCACUGGAAGUGAAGUUCAUGUGCCAAACGUCUACCAGGCCCGUUGUUACUAUUUGUAUGUUUUUUCCUCGAGAACAGCAAUAGACUCGCGUGCGACUCAUUUUGCAAUGUUACGGAGCGCAGUCACGUGUGCUACACUUUACUUUUGCAACAUUACCGAGCGCUCUGUCACGUGUGCUACACUUUAUUACCUGUUUUGUGGUGCUGCUUUCAGUGCUUCUGUUUUCUGCGCAUGCUCGCAAUGCAUGUUCUCGAAACACGACCGAGCGCGGGCCGCAAGGACCUGGCAGACACUGAGCGCUGUGCUGUGAUUGGAGGAUCAGGGAGAAACAUUCGCCUGCGCUUUUUGCUCAAAAUUUCGCGUCUGGCCUUUGACCUUUCCUCGCAUCCUCGGCGUCCAAACCGGCCGGACCAUGUGUAUCAGCGGGCAUCGCUGGUUCACGUGCUCCAACUAACCAAACCACCAGAGUAAAAGGACGAUGAUUCAAGAAAAAAGUACACAUAGCCUCCUGACAUUUUAUUCGCGAUUAAUUAAUUGUAUGCCUUGGAGUCCCCCAAACCUCUGAUUCUUAUUUUGGCUUGGCUUAAUUAAGGGUUUGACCCCUGCUGUGACUUGAAAGUGGUGAUAGGCUGACUGGCUUCUUAUCCCAAGAACAGUUAUGGUGUAGGUGAGUAGGAGAUGCUGAACACUUCAAGGUUUCGUCACACUUCUGUGUAACAAAAGCAAGAUUCUAAGGAAGCUUACUCGAUGAGAAAUUGUGAUGUAGAAAAUAAUGGUGCAGGGAGAGUUCUUGGCUUUCAGUCAUGAUCAAUGUGCUGAUUUAACUUCUUAAAUUAACGAUCUGUUCAUUUUGACUGAGUAGCCCUGCUUUCACAUAUACAUCGUGUAUUUAGCAUACAUUGGUGUAUGCCUGAAUGUGUGUUUGUGUGCCCGUGAAUAUGUGAUAUGUGUGUUUCAUUGUUUCGUGAAAUGUAUUAAUGAUUUUUAAGGUUUUUGCAUUGUUUUCUCUAUUAUUUUGUAGUUUGUUUAAAUUAUACAUUUCCAGCAUUCAUUCAUUUCAGUUUCAACGUUUCUUACAAUUUUUGUUGACUUGUUCAAACAGUAUUUCCCCUUAUUUUGCAGUAUCAUGUCCGUUACACCACAAGCAGUUUGCUUCGUUUUAAUUUUUCUCGAUAUUAUUUUAAGCAAGUAAGCGUCGUUAUGGCAGAGUCGUAUUGGGAAACAAUUUCGCACAGAUGGUUUGUCAUCCAUGGACUGACUUCCUUUACAUAGUUGAGCAAGUCAGCCACCGGAAGUAUGAUGGCGGUGAAAGAUACCUUCGUUGUGAGUCAGCCACAGACAGGUGAUGGUAGAGAUGGUUGAGUCAGCCAGUGGCUGCACGUGACAGGACAGGCUUCUUGGGAGUCAGCCACGGUCUAUGCUAGAGAUGGUUGAGAGUCAGCGUCGAUAACCCCUGGAGGUUGGAAUUGACUGACCUCCCCUAGAGGUAAUGCUCUGAGGUCUACACUGCGCAUGUCUCGUUUGACAUACAGUACUCGAUGUCGAGCCCCCCGUUUCAAACUUCUGUGAUAAGUCGGGCCUCGUUUCUUGUGACGCGCUCAUGCACGUAGCGCACCAAUGUGUUGUUUCACGUUACUGUACAGGUUUGUCCCUUCUCCUCCCUCAGCCUCCUCUAAUCUUCCAUACAGCACCGAUGCGCACGAACAUUACUGCCCAUCCCUAUCCUCCGUAUCGAAAUGAUAUUUACGUAUCGUGUGUAUAUUAUAUAUAAAUACACACAUACAUAAUUGAGACCCGUGAUGUAUCUCUGGAAUUUGUCUUUUAGGUACGCUACUUAUGUGUGACGUAUUUUAUGCACUAAAAAUAUUUUCCAGUAUUUAGUUUUUGCAAUACAAACUUGUAUAUACACCUGUUACAUUCAGUCUUCAGCAUCAUUCUUCUCACUGGAGCGGACAUGUUACAGCAAGUGGACCAUCUUUAAACACUUUUCUUGUGUGUGAGAGAGAGAGAUUGUGAAUGUGUGUGUGACUGCGUGCGUACGCGAGUGAAUGCAUUCAUGUGCACACACGUGUGCGUUUGUGCCUAUGGAGCUGUCAACCAUCGCACUGUUGCUAUGGUGACGCCAGAGAGACGGACACGCAGACAGGAUAACGAGCGAGAGAUUAUUUCAUGGGCAUUUAGCAGUUCAAGCAUUUAGAUGACUUUGCAUUUAAAAGACCGCAGAUAGAGAGAUCUGCUUGAGUUUCUUUGUAUAUACAUUUAUUCACAACAAGUCAAGCUUCACAGAAACCACACAGUCUUUCUAUGAUUUUGGUUGUCUUUAGAGAUGAACUUUGUGAAUAUUUAAUUUUGCUGUGGGGUGUUGUCACGCACCCAUAUGAAAGAUAAACAAAGGGAAAGUGUAACGGAGACAAACGCUUGCCAGAUAUCUAGUGAUUUCCAAGAAAAUCGUACAGCAACAACUUUUACAGCCUCUCUCCCAUGUUCAACUGCAACUCAGAAGCUGAUGUAGUAUUAAUAACUCAUGUCACUUUAUGAAUAAGAUUCGUUGAAAGCCAGUGAAAAAUGUACAGUUAUAUCAGAGAUGUUUUAAUUCAUCGCAUCUAUUUUGUUUCCUAUGCAAGGCAGAAUAUCUUCAGAGCUUUGUACCUCUCUAAUUCUAUCGUCACCUCGCCAAACACUUGGCCUAUGGUGCACCGUUGCAAUAUGAGUGGAAGAAGGUAAUUGUACAGUUCUAAGGAAAGUAAAUGCAAAAGUAGUAUCAAGGGAAAGAAAUCUCGAAUAACAGUCGAGAUUCCGAAAUCAUUAUAUAUUUUGUUGUGGUUUUUUUUUUAAAAAAAACUUCCAUCAUGUCAUACGUUGAUUUGUUCAAAAGUCUUUCCAAAUGAUCAAAUUAUGUGUCGAAAACAAAAGCGAUAUGAUGAGCAAUACUCGUAACACCUUGCAAGAAAUGUAGUAUCAGCAGGUGGAGCACCGAUGAACAGCAGCAGCAAGGUGACACGAGGAACACGUGACCAGAAACAACAAAUAAUCAGACGCACAAUAUGAAAGCAGAACACUGCUACAGCUUUUCGGAGAUUUUUCAGAUAUGAAACAGUCUGAAUUUUGGUUUGUUGCAAUCGAGAACCCACUUUUUAAAAAAAAAAAAAAAUAAAGUACAGCAGCAACACCACAACAGAAGGAUAAUCCACAUCUGUGAAUUCAUACAAGAAUUUCCGUAUGACUUCAGGUAGCAUUUGUUGUUGGUCGUCUGUGUAGUGCAGCAUUUCUGUACGUUAGACAACUCUUUAUGCAAAUUACUUUCUUUUUGACAUAUAUCGUUGAUUAUUGUUUUUUGUCUGUGAUGCAACAGUGAUUGUUUUGAUAGUGUACCAUACAUAUUAUACAGAUGUUAAGCUGUUGGACUGGAAGUAUUAUGAUUUGUGUAGUGUACAUACCUUGACCAGACAUCUGUUAAACAAUUUUGUUUGUUGUGAAUGUGCAGAUACUUGAACAUACGUUUGCAACAUCGUCCUUUCUGCACUGCUUUGAGAUUUGAGGUUAAAGUUUUUUGUGCAAAUACCUGAGAAAAAAGCCUUUUUCAGCUGUCAUCACAGCGAACCUUUACACUGGACAGAACUGUGACUAGCAAUGCGCCAACAGGUCAAUUCUUCAUUAGCUCUUGUAGUACUGGGAUCGUAUCCCUCUAUUUCCGGUCUCUUAUUUUCAGCUCUAACCCUAACCCUGGCGUAUCUUCCUACCUUCCUACCUACCCCUCUCCUAUCCUAUGUUUGUUAGUCGACGUAACCACUAAACAAUGUGUGCACUCAGAAUGUAUCUCUCAAAGUCUCGGUGAUCUUCCUCUCUCCCUCUCUCACUCACACAUACACACUUUUCCAUUUUAAUGCAUGUAGUGAGUAUAUUUUUUGUUCCUGCAACUCUGUUCCGAUAGACGUUGUUAGAUGUAAAUAAAAUUUAUAAGAAAGCGAGUUAGUGACAUUUGCUCAGAACAAAUUAUUAUUAUUAUUAUUAUUAUUAUUUUAAUAUUACUUGCUUCUCUAAGACUAUUAAGGAUUUCUUAAAGCCCCCACUCAGUGCACGUUCAUCAAAUAACACAAUUAAAGAGUUAAUGCCAUUGCACGGUACUUAUUUCCUUAAUCUGACCAAACGAUCGCUAUGGAUACAGUCCAACCCGCUAAUUCAAGUUGAACUAUGGGUGAGCACAUCGUCAAGGCUAAAGUAAAGGUAAUUAGUUGACUUUAUCCAUGUUCCAGCUUCACACCUUGCUAUGUCUGGGGGAGAAUGUGUUUCAGACCCUCGUCUCCCAAACUGCCAAGUUAUUCACUUAGGAAUCUGUAUAUAACAACCGUGUCAUUGGAAAAGUCCUGUCCACCCUGCUUUGUCUUGAAGUCAUGGCGUGUGUACAACAUUCCACUCUUAGUGAAAGUACUAAGGUAGCAUUCGCUCUUAAUAGAAACCAUGUGCCUGCAUAAACCUGAUAAGAAACUAGACGAUUUAUCAGUUUACAAGUUAGUGUGGCACUUGAGACAAUUUAAAACUCACCAUGAAGACCUCGGAUGCACACUAGUCUGUAGCAAUCUGCAUAACAGCUCGUAAGGAAGAUAGUAACUUGCCUACUAUCAACUGUAUCUCUGUUUAUCUUAUUCUAACUUAAAUAUUUUUUUAUUUAAAACAACUUCUGAUAGGAUUGUUUGAUGUCUUAGUUCACAGACUAUAUUCAGUGCAUAGCACCUUUCCCGUUAUUGUUGUUAGAAGAAGAAUCGAGAUAUCUUAAGAGAUCAGUUUAUUAGAGUAAGUGUGAUAUGGUUGUUUAAAUCGUACAACAAAUCUGCACGUUGGAAAAAUAAAGUAGAUAGUUUGUUAAUUGAUUUCAAUGUGAAAACUGCUAUGCCGUCCAAUAUUUUGGAAAAAUAACCCAUAAUAUUUUAUUGGCAGAUUAUAGGGAAUAAAGCAUAUUAAUGUUAACAUCAGUUAUCGGAUUAAAGAGAAAAGAAGCACAAGAUGUCUGGCAGUAGACAGUGAAGUAAGCUCAAUGUCCUGUGACAAGUGCUAGCUUGUUUAUAGUCUUGGUUGCCUCUAGCUGAGUGGCACUUACAAGUUGUUAUUGUCAGAUGAGUCAUUAAUGAAAGUUGUUACAUCUUACACAACUCAUUUUUCUUCGUUUUGCUUCGGACGAUGUUAUUGAGUAUGUGCAUUGUUUAGUAUUUCCAAUGUUGUUUGCAUGCUUGCUUGCGUAGGUGCAAGCUCAUAGAAAGGGUUUUAUUUAGCUUUAGGUAUGUAGUCACUUUUUCAUGAGUACGCUUAGGUACUAUAGAAGUUUAUGAAAAGAGAAAUAUUUCUUAUACAGAGAUAGAAAUAGUUCUGAACACAAUAUAACUCUGGAUUUUGAAUUUAAUGUAAGCACGAAUUCUCAGAAAAAUAUAGUUCUCAAUAAAAUACAGUAAAAACAUAAUUUAUAAAAUUUUCAAAAAUUAUUGUCUUUAAAAAAAUUGAAUUAUUUUAAAUGUACGAAAAAUAGUUCGGAAUAAGACUUUUUAAAGCUUAAAUCUUAGUCGAAUUUUCUUGUUUUAAAGAUUCAUAUCUCUUAUCUGCUCUCUACUUCAGAAAUCAUAAUGUACUAGAAGAUUUUUCAAAGAAAGGACUCAACUGUCCUUUUCUCUGAAUAUUGGCAACAUGCUUGGAGUAAUGGUUAGUUCUCGUCUACUUGACUUUCUCGGACUUCGUUGUAUUUCUCUUUUCUCUUCUACUUCUCCUUUGCUGAAGUGUGUGAAUCUUUUGCAUAACAAUCUGUUUAUUUCGCUAUGCCAUGUGAUUCGUUGACAGCAAACAACAGAGCGCGUCUGAGUUUUACCUUUCCUUUACAAUCUUCUCAUCGUGUACAUUCUCUCCUUCACGCGCGCGCGUGCAAUAUGUCAGUCUCUCUGUACAUGUAUUUUGAAACCACUUCGCCUCUUAUUUCUCUCCUAGGCCAUCACCAAAUUCUUGUUAGCAUGCUCAACAAAAAUGUCGCUAGUAUAUGAAACUUUUUCAGCCAGGUGAAAUCAAGUCGUUGAUAUUUAACAAGCCAAAGUGUGCCCCAUACUUUCCGAUGUAAAUCUGCAUAACAUAGUGUUGAGGGGGCAGCUGUUUGGGUUGCAUGAUGAGUGGAUGGGGGUUGUUAAUCAAGAAAAAAUGGGUGGAGGAGGGCAUUUUGUUCACCUGAGUCUUGUACGCAUGGCGAGUCAGGGUGAUCACCGUUCUUUCGAACUUAACUCUACAGCUUCUCUGUACGAAGAUGUGAUAAGAAGGUGUUUUUAUUUUGUUUUUAAGUGCCAUUUGUCAGUGUGAGACAAUUUUGUCUUUGACUUUGAUAAUACGUGUGUUUUCCGCUCACGAAACUCCUGAUUAUUGUUCACCUAAACUUUCAACUUCAGCUUGUCUUUGAUGUGAUAUAGCUCAUCAUUCUGUGAAUACAACUUAACAAGCGUUUCAUUAGACCCAAGCAUAUGAUCCAGUAGUUUCUGUCAUUUACAACAUUCCAAGACUGAAUGAUUAAUUUUUUUAUGGAAGAGGCUGUCAGCUUGCUCCGAAAAAGAGGACCUUGUAAAACUCUUUGUUCCUCCUCUCUGACACAAGAUACAAUAUGACCUAUUCAUCUGUUGAUUGUUUUAACACAGAAAGUAUGUUAACCUCAACUUUUAUAAAAGACUCUUGUAUAUUGCAUAUCUUUAAACCAAGAUUUAGUCUUUCUUAAGUCAGUCUACUGUAGCAUGUUAAACUAUUCCCUUAAGAACACACUCCAUAAUCUUUACCACAAAGACCUUAUAAUGAAGACGAUAUACUUGUACAAAAAUCCGAAUUAAGGUGUUUUAUUAAAGUUUAAUUAGUCAAACAGUGCGACAAAAAAAAUUUUCUCGCGUAGGUUUGAACACUCACCUGUAAAGAUUUUGUUUUUGUGUCCUAAAGUGGAAAUUUUACAAGUCAUCAGUUAUUCCAAUGUUAAUUAAAUUGGUUUGAUUAUACAUAUACAUUAUGAUUUUACCUGCAUAUGUGAUAAAGUUUAAGGAUAAUAUUCAUUUUUGUGAUUGAAGUCUAAUCAAUGGAGUUAAAGUUUUCUUCUAGCGGAUAUUAUUCUUCAGCUGUUUGAAACAAAACGAUGUAGCAAAUUUGUCCGAUCGAAACAAAAGAUAUGGCAAAUUUGUCAAAUCCAAACGAAAGAUACGAGAAAAUUGUCAGAGCAUGCUAAGCAGACGACUUCCAAGCGUUGAAGGGGCUUCCAGUCUUUGUGGGCCGGCCCCCACACACCCCACUGGUGGACUCCCUCCCCAUUCACUUUUUCUCAUGGUCCUGUAUGAACAUUUGCAUUUAUGUGUAGAAAUAAAACAACUUUUUCCACACUAAA